ACCACUAAAGAUGAUUUCAGUCGUCAUCAUUUUUCUUUCUUUUUAUAUGUCGAGGACUAGAUUGCUAAAUGUUGUCUCUCUCUCAUUAAAAAAAAAAUUUAAUGAAGCGGUUUGAGUAGGGUUUGGCUGCUAUUUUGGGGAGGUCAAAAACUACGUAGGAAAUUAGAAACAAGAGAUGCAAAUUAAAUGUUGUCAGUCCAUUAAGCUAUUGGGGAUUUUUAAUUGAUGUCACCGGUGUUGUAGAGGCAGGGAAAAUAUAUUGAGGGACACCGUCGCCGUAUUAUCAAAUGUGAUUAAUCUAAUUAAUCUAUAUAUGUGUACGGAUUAUCAUGAUAUUAAAGUGGACUGAUGUUUAUGGUAUAGCAGAGAGCAAACAGGCUUCAGAGUCCGUGAUCCAGUACCUGCAGGGUUACUUAUUUCAUCAUAAAACCAUUCCAUCAAUUGCUUGUUCCCUGUUCUCCAAGACAGACAAAAAUAGGUUUUAAUCCCCAACCAAUGAACGAUUAGCUUUCCUGAUCCUUCUUCAUAUUCCGACUGGUUUUCCGGUCUAAAGCGCUUAUUUGGAUUGUUAUUGCACUCUACCCUGUACAUUCUUUUAUUAUCCAUGUAUUCCCGAUUUACUUAAUCUACGGACAUACACACAUAUGUGUAUAUAUACAUACAUCAUUUACUCAUCUCUCCCUCCCUCUCUUUAUAUAUACCCUUUCUUUCUUCAACAUCAGUCGUAAUGCUGUCAUACCUUUCCUCGUGUUAACCGAUCGCUCCAUUCAAACUUGCCACAAAUCAGUUUAUAAUCGAUCUUUAUUGUUUUAGCCGACGUAGCAUCCGUUCUUAAUGUUCAUAUAUUUCUUAAUGUAGAAAUAGAAAUGUUUUUGUCAACAACUUGUGUGUCACUCGGAGAAGUGUCAUCCAGCAACUAACAUUGUGGUGGUGGUAAGUAGAAAAGUAUGUCUACAUUGUAUAUAUUCCUUUUUUGUGAACAGUUGCACGUGAUAUCCAAGACAAGAAACUGAAACAUAAUAGAAUAUAUAUAUAUUUACAGAUAUUUCUCAACUUUUAAGAAUAUCUCGAGAUUUUAUAUGGAGGACGUUAAAAACUUGGACACCUCAAAUACAGUUGUUUUUAUUAAUAUAAAUCCAACGACAUGGACAAACAGUGGCGAGGAACCGUUACCUCGUGAAGUGUUUACUAAACAAAGAUCUGAACACAGCAGCAAUUCUGAAUAUCGCUGUGAGAUUUGUAAGAAAAUAUUCACUUCAGAAAGCGAAGUUUUGAGGCACAAAGAAAUACACAAUAGGGAAAAGCCUUACCACUGUGAUAUUUGUGGGAAAUCUUUUCUCUAUAAUUGUAAUUUAAUAAGUCAUAAAAGAAUCCACACUGGAGAGAAACCAUUCCAUUGUGAAGUGUGUGGUAAGUCUUUUGUUCAGAAUAGUAAUUUAACAAUUCACAAACGGAUACACACGGGAGAGAAACCGUAUUCUUGUGAUGUCUGUGGAAAGUCUUUCGUUAAUAAUAGUGAUUUAAAUCGGCACAAAAAAAUACACACCGGAGAGAAGCCCUGUCAUUGUGAGAUCUGUGGAAAAUCGUUUAUCACCAACACUAAAUUAACAACACACAUAAGAAUACACACGGGAGAGAAACGGUUCCAUUGCGACACAUGUGGCAAAUUCUUCACACAGAAUUCGAAUCUUGUUAUUCACAAACGUAGACACACUGGAGAAAAACCUUUUCACUGUGAUAUCUGUGGGAAAGCAUAUAUCACGAAUGGUCUAUUAAAAACACAUAAAAUUGUACACACUGGAGAAAAUCCAUUUCAUUGCGAUGUCUGUGGGAAAUCAUUUUCUGUUAAUUCUAGUCUUGUCGUUCAUAAAAGGAUACAUACUGGAGAAAAACCGUAUCGUUGUGAGAUUUGUGGCAAAUCUUUCAUCUCUAAUUCUAAGCUGACAAUCCACAUACGUAGCCAUACUGGAGAACAGCCAUAUAGUUGUGAAAUAUGUGGGGAAUCUUUUGUGUCGAAUUCCAAACUUACAAUCCACAUUCGUAGUCACACAGGGGAACAACCAUAUUGCUGUGAAAUCUGUGGUAAAUCUUUUGUAAAUAAUUGUGAUUUAAACAGACAUAGGAGAAUCCAUACAGGAGAGAAGCCAUUCCACUGCGAAACCUGUGGUAAAUCCUUUAUUGAUAAUUCUCACCUUGUAGUUCAUAAAAGAAUCCACACUGGUGAAAAACCACAUCAUUGCGAAAUAUGUGGGAAAUCUUUUGUGUCAAAUAGUUAUUUAACAAGUCACAAGCGAAUCCAUACAGGAGAGAAACCAUUCCAUUGUGAAAUCUGUGGCAAAUCUUUCAUCACCAACGGUCUUUUGAAAGCACACAGAGUAAUUCACACUGGAGAGAAACCUUUCCACUGUGAAAUCUGCGGCAAGUCCUUUAUUACAAAUGGUCUUCUACAAACUCACAAAAGAAUACACACGGGAGAGAAACCAUUCCACUGUGAAAUCUGUGGCAAAUCUUUUAUCACUAAUGGCCACUUAACGACACACAAAAGGACACACACAGGUGAAAAACCUUUCUAUUGUGAAAUAUGUGGCCAGUCGUUUAUUACUAAUAGUCUGUUAAAAACACACAAAAUAAGACAUUCUGGAGAGAAGCCAUUCCAUUGUGAUAUUUGUGGCAAAUCUUUUAUUGCUAAUGGUCUUUUAUCAAUCCAUAAAAGGAUCCAUACUGGAGAAAAACCAUUUCAAUGUGAAAUAUGUGGAAAAUCUUUUGUUAAUAAUGCAAAUCUUGUAAUCCACAUACGAACUCACACUGGAGAGAAACCGUUCCACUGUGAACUGUGUGGGAAAUCUUUUGUUUGUAAUGAUUAUUUGAAGAGACAUAGGCGUAUACAUAGUGGAGGGAAGAGUUCUAACUGUGAAACUUGAGAGAUCAUUCUCUCUCACAAACCAACAGAUUUAUGUUCAUCAUCAACCCUAGUACAUCACUGUCUCGAGUCUACAACUGAAAGGGCCAGUUACCUGUGGUUACCAUGGCAAUAUGAAUAACUGAGAUUGCCAGACUUUUGCUGGGUUAUUUUAUGGCAACAUGAAAUGGACAGUUUUAUUCAAGAACAUGACACAGCUCCCUGUUUGGGAAGUGAAACCAUGAUCAUGCAUUUGCGAGUGCAAGACCCUUAACUAAGCCAUCCACAGACAGACAUGCAUUGGAGAGCAUUUAUCACAGUGAAAUAUUUUUGGAAAUAAUUUUCUUUGAAUUCUCAUUUUCAUCGUUUUAACAUUUACGUUUCUAUGUUGGCAUGAACUAGAAGGAAUUCAUUAAGGUAGAUUUUCUACAACCAGAUACCCUUCCUGUCACAAACCCUUACUUGUUCCCAAGCAAGGUAAUAUUUCCUAUGGCUAGAUAUGUUUUCAGAGAGGAGUGGAACCAAAUAACAUUGGCUGUACGAUGAGGACACUUAUUUACAGCAGUCAUACAAUGUUAUGCAUGCACACACACACACACACUGGACUUCUUUCAAUUUCUAUCUAUCACAUGUACUCAUAAGGUUUUGCCAACCAGGUUCUAGACAAGACACUUGUGGUCUACAAAUCCGAUCUUAUUUGAGAGAAAUCUUUUCACCAGAAUAUCGAGAAAACCCAUAUUUGUAAAUUAUAAACUUAUAAGAUGACUGAACAAAGGACAAAAAUUUAUCAAUGUGAUACAUACAGACUAUAUCAAUGUGGGGAAUUGUUGCCUGAGUUCCUCACACAUACACACAACCGGAAGAUCUAUCUGUAUGUCAUUAAAGUUUUUUGUUUUGUUUUUGUUCAUAGAGACAGUCGUAUUAAUAAUCACUGGGAAAAUACAGAGUUAAAGCUUUAUAACUAUAAAAUUUGGGGGAAAUUUUUAUUCAAAAGCCAUAUUUUAAAACCUAAUCAUACAUACACAAGAAAAAAUGUUACUGAAAUGAUUUGCUGAAAACAUCUGUAAAUAGGAGUCGAAAGAACAAAUAAUUAAAAUAUUUAUGUAAAAUCUUCAAAUUGUGACAAAAUAUUCACAUUUAUAAGUAAAUUAAGAUCUUAUAAUAUUUGUUGAAUGACAUUUUUUUUGAAUAAUUAAAAUUAUUUCAAAACUAAAAUUUUGUUGAAUAAAAUUGUUUUUAUGCUCCAACUUCCCUCCAGACCUUUCAUUGUAGCAGCAUUGAUAAUGGCAAUCCUAAAAUUUUGUAGCUGCCAAGCAGCAGGUAGGUUCCAGGGACAGGCAAAUUGUUGAUUGAUGCAUGUCUUUUGCAAAAGAAGAGAGGAAUUAUCAGUAAAAGCAUGUCAUCAUUUUAACUUCCACAUUUCCAUGCUGGAAUGGGUUGGACAAAGUCAUCAUCAUCAUCAUCAUUUAACGCCAGCUUUCUAUGCUGGCAUGAGUUGGAUGGUUUGACUGAGGACUGGAAAGUCAGGAGGCUGCACCAGGCUCCAAUCUGAUCUAGCAAUGUUUCUACAGCUGGAUGCCUUUCCUAAUGCCAUCCACUCCUAACCCUAAAACCCGAACCCUAACGCUAAAACCAGUACAAACGCACAAACGAUGUCAUAAAUAACAGUACCGAUAAUAGUUGUUGACAAACAACGGCAGUAAUUUUAUUCAAGGGAAAAGAUUCCAUUACACCACCAGAACGUCCUGUUGACAAACCACAGCAGUCAUUGUUUUCACCUCAAUAGAUGUCAGUGAUUGGUUGAAAUUACCAAAAUACAACAACUUUUAACAUGAAAUAACUUCAAAUAUAAAAAUUUUUCUCUGUUCUAUAAGACAAAAUAUACAAGUAUACGAAGUUUUAAAGUGUUUCGGUAGAAAACACACUAAAUAAAAAAUGGUGUCUGCCAAAUCAGAAAGAUCCAAUUUUUGUUAUUAUGAGGGUCGGCUGAAAUGUUCAUAGGCUGAGCAAGACACUCAUGGAAUGGGACCAAAUGAAGUUCAUUUUUUAACUUAGUUCCUCUCUUAUUGUCUACACACUCCCAUAAGUAGUUGCAGUGCUUGGAUCGCACUGGUGAAGAAGCUAUUCUGUUGGUCAAAAUGGUUAUCAACAGCAGACAAGACAUCAUCACCAUCAACAUCAUCAUCAUCAUCAUCAUCAUCAUCAUCAUCAUCACAGUGAUACUGGUGCCCAGCUGAGUGUUUUUCUAUGUUGAGAAACAGAUGGAACCAAAUCAUUAAAAUAGGGAGGGGUUAUCAACCAGUUCAGAGCCAGUCACGCUCAGCAGCCAUUGAAACCAAGGACUUUUGUGCUGAAGCAUUGCCCCUAAUGAAACAAGACCCCAUUCAUCAGUUUUUCUGAGUGUUUGGUCUUGAUAGCCUUUCAUAACUGCCUCAGCAAGUUGGCAUUGAACUUUCCAUUCAUGGUGUGACCAUUUUGAAGAUAGCAAUUAAAACAAUAUUUUUUUGCAUUAACGUAUAGUAUAUGUAAUAGUGUGAAGUGUAUUUUGCAUAUUAAAAUGGUUAAUUUUGUAAAUAUAUCAAGUGGAGUCAACAUAAGCAGUAAAAAUAUAAAUUGCAAGCAUUUCAAAAUGUGGGACACUACAUGACGAAAACUAACAAAAAAGGAAGAAAAUAGUGGUGCUUGUUUUCCAAAAGUACAAUGAGAAAGAAAGAAUGAAAAGUGAAAAAGUAAACUCGGAGUCUGAAGCGAGUGCUAGGCAGGAGAUGAAACAAAAUGUCUUAUGUAUGCACUGGUCAAGUAGGAAACAGAUAAGUGAUAAGAAAUUGGAUGGUCUUUUGGUGCCAAAAAGUGAAGAGAGACAGAGUGGAUGGAGUAGAGAGUGUUGGGGAAGAGCAAGUACGAAGAAAGAGGGACUGCAGAGAAAAAAAGGGAAUAAAGAUGGACAGGAAGUAGUUGACAGAGAUGGACAGAGGAAGAAAUGGAAGGCAGCAGAUAGAAAUAGAUGGGGAAGGUUUUGAGCACAAGAGGGGAGAGAAAUGGAUAGAAAGGAGAGAAAAUCUUGCACCAAAUAUCGAACAGUGUGUGCGGGUACCACUGAGUGGGAACAGAAGCGAAGUGUGUGACAUUACAUUGACUAACGACCAUAAAAUCUUGCACAGAAAGUCAACACACGUGUAUUUAUAGAUAUAUAAAUAAAAUUUAGUAUGCAAUAAAAAUAUCAAAUAAUUGUCUUAAACAUUCAAACCAGCAAAUUCACAAU